AUGAGCUUGUUAUCUCAGAACGCUCCGACAAGUAAGGGUAGAAGAGAAAACAGAGAUGUUGAGGAUGGGAAAGAUGUUGGGUCCGACGAUGACGCUAGGGGAAAGAGAAGAAAGAUGGAGGAGGAGAAGCAACGAUUGUCGGAACAAGUUGAAAUGAAAAAGCUUGAGAACUUGUUAUUCGGGUCUAUCUACUCCCCUGUUACGUUUGGUAAGGAAGACGGCGGCGUAGAAGCUGAUGGUUCUGCUUUGUUCCAUGUGGACCGUUCUGCUGUGAGGCAGACUCCGGAUGACGACGAGGAGGAGGAGGAUGAUGAUGAACAACUCUCUGAUGAAGAGGGAGGUGAAGCCGAGGGAACCAGAAAGGGACAAGCUGCGUGGGAGGACGAAGAAGAGAAACAAGUAAACAUAAAUAUAUCUUCUGUUAACCGUCUGAGGAAGCUAAGGAAAGAGGAAAAUGAGGGGUUGAUCUCCGGGUCUGAGUACAUUGCGAGGCUGAGGGCUCAUCACGCUAAGCUAAACCCGGGAACAGACUGGGCUCGGCCUGAUUCCCAAGUGAUUGAUGGAGACUCUUCAGAUGACGAACAUCAGCAUGGAGUGGUUGAUGAUGAUGAUAUCCUCCGGACAAAUGAAGAUCUUGUGGUGAAGGGCGGUGGUGCCAAGCUGUUGCCUGGUCUUCUCGAGUACUCAAAACUCGUUGAUGCCAACGCAGCGGAUCCUUCCAACGGCGCAAUAAACUCUGUCCACUUCCAUCAGAACGCUCAGCUGCUUCUCACUGCUGGUUUGGAUCGACGGUUGAGGUUUUUCCAGAUUGAUGGGAAGAGGAACACCAAGAUCCAGAGCAUCUUUCUCGAGGAUUGUCCCAUCCGUAAAGCGGCUUUCUUGCCCAAUGGCUCUCAGGUCAUCGUCUCAGGAAGAAGAAAGUUCUUUUACAGCUUUGAUUUGGAGCAAGCCAAGUUCGACAAAAUCGGCCCUUUGGUUGGCAGAGAGGAGAAAAGCUUGGAACAUUUCGAGGUGUCACAAGACUCGAGCACCAUAGCUUUCGUGGGCAACGAAGGUUAUAUCUUACUUGUGUCCACAAAAACGAAAGAGCUAACUGGAACGCUAAAGAUGAACGGUUCAGUGAGGUCAUUAGCAUUCAGUGAUGAUGGAAAGCAGUUGCUGAGCUCAGGAGGUGACGGGCAAGUCUACGUGUGGGAUCUGAGAACAAUGAAGUGCUUAUACAAAGGCGUCGAUGAAGGCAGUACUGGUGGCACUUCUCUUUGCAGCUCACUAAACGGAGCAUUGUUUGCCUCGGGAACAGACAGAGGGAUUGUAAACAUUUACAAGAAAUCAGAGUUCGUGGGAGGCAAGAGAAAGCCUAUAAAGACAGUGGACAAUCUCACUUCCAAAAUAGAUUUCAUGAAGUUCAACCAUGAUGCUCAGAUUCUUGCUAUAGUCUCAACGAUGAACAAAAACAGCAUUAAACUCGUCCACGUUCCGUCCCUGACCGUCUUCUCAAACUGGCCGCCGCCAAACAGCACGAUGCAUUACCCUCGCUGCGUCGACUUCAGCCCCGCAAGUGGCUUCAUGGCCAUGGGAAACGCCGCCGGAAAAGUUUUGCUGUACAAACUGCAUCAUUACCAGAAUGCUUGA